AUGAGCAAACUGACGUAUCAACAAGUGGAAAAGUUUAUGAAAGCUUCGAUUCCACAGGAUAUUGAAGAUGAGAUAUUAGAAGCAUUUGCAAAAUAUAGUAUUGAAAAAGAUAUGACAAAAGAUGAUUUGAAUAACUACUUCGAUGAUCUUCAACUCCCCAAAGAGCUGUACUCUAAACUACGACCAGAAGAUCUUUGUAUUGAAUCAACAGAGGUCAUUGAUUUUGAGAAACUUCUACAACAUACAUUUCAUAUAUUAAUAUUUAUGGAUAAUGAAGAGACAAUUGACACAAUUUGGAAACUAUUGGUCACACAAAGUGGAAGAGAAAUUCAAUAUCCCAAUGUCCAAUUAAAGAAUCAUAUAUUGAGCGUUAAAGACCUUCAAAAAUUAUCAGCUACUGUAGGGAUGGAUAAAUCAACAGGCAUUGUUGAGAUGCUGUCAGUAGCCACUUCAGGCAGUAGAGUUUACAUGACAUAUAUUGAUUUAGCAUACAUCCUGGGUAAACUUGGAUACUUAAGCUUCUAG